AUGGGACCAAGAUCUAAAGAUACGCUUAGUGUGCGGCCGGUGUCUCGUGGAAGCCGUUCGCGCAGCCGUUCUCGUUCCCCCAACCCUAAGUCGACGAAGUCCGGGUCAAAAACGAUAAAGGACUAUUCAUCGGAGGGUGUUACGGACAAUGAUAUCUUCCGACUUCCUGCCUCCGAUUAUCAAUGGCUUGUUGGCUUGACCCUGGUGGCGGCCGCAGUCCGAUUAUUUCGCAUCUAUCAACCUUCCAGUGUCGUCUUCGAUGAGGUCCAUUUCGGUGGAUUUGCAACCAAAUACAUUAAGGGCACAUUCUUCAUGGAUGUCCACCCCCCGCUAGCCAAACUGCUUAUCACAUUGGCUGGAUGGCUUGCCGGCUUCAAAGGUGACUUUGAUUUCAAGGAGAUUGGCAUGGACUAUAUUGAACCAAAAGUCCCCUAUGUUGCUAUGCGUCUCUUGCCGGCAAUUCUCGGCGUCUUAACCGUCCCUCUCAUGUUCCUGACUCUGAAAGCAACCGGCUGUAGAACCUCUACUUCCGUCAUGGGUGCAGUUAUGGUUACUUUUGAAAACGCUCUUACUACUCAAUCCCGUCUAAUCCUACUUGAUUCGCCCCUGAUUUUCUUUACCGCCUUAACCGCCUUCAGUUUCUCGUGUUUCACCAAUCACCAUGAGCAGGGCCCCUCCAGAGCGUUCACAGCGCCUUGGUGGUUCUGGCUCGCCUUUAGUGGACUGUCAUUGGGUGCCACGCUCAGCGUUAAAUGGGUCGGACUGUUUACAACGGCUUGGUUAGGGUCCAUCACCGUCCUUCAGCUAUGGGUUCUCCUGGGUGACCCCAAGACCGUUACACCGCGCCUCUGGUUCAAACACUUCUUUGCCCGGGUCUUCUGUCUCAUUGUCAUUCCCCUCGCCUUCUAUGUCGGCAUGUUUGCAAUCCACUUUACCUGUUUAGUGAACCCUGGGGAAGGUGAUGGCUUCAUGUCUUCUGAAUUCCAGGCUACUCUCAACUCUAAAGGCAUGCAAGAUGUUCCGGCUGAUGUUGCAUUUGGUUCCCGUGUUACCCUUCGCCAUGUCAACACCCAAGGUGGUUAUCUGCACUCGCAUCAGCACAUGUAUCCCACUGGAAGUAAUCAGCAACAAGUGACGCUUUACCCGCAUAAGGAUGAGAACAAUAUCUUCCUCGUCGAAAAUCAGACGCAGCCUCUUGGUGUCGAUGGAGAAGAAAUUGCAGGGCCAUUGGCUUGGGAUAACGUGACUGCCGAAUACAUUUAUGAUGGAGCUACAAUUCGCUUGUACCACUUACUGACCCACCGCCGUAUUCACUCCCAUGAUGAACGUCCUCCUAUCACCGAAGCCGAUUGGCAGAACGAGGUGUCAGCCUAUGGCUUUGAAGGAUUCGCUGGAGAUGCCAAUGAUCUUUUCCGGGUCGAAAUUGUCCCAUCCUGGUCCGAUGGCGAGGAGGCCAAGAAGCGCCUGCGCACGAUUGAAACGAAAUUCCGACUGGUCCACAUUAUGACUGGUUGUACAUUGUUCUCGCACAAAGUGAAACUGCCUGACUGGGGAUAUGACCAGCAAGAGGUCACUUGCGCCAAAGGAGGCACCCUCCCCAACAGUCUUUGGUAUAUUGAAUCAAACGCCCACCCAACGUUGCCGGAAGAUGCAGAAAAGGUUAACUACAGAAACCCUGGUUUCUUGGGUAAAUUCUGGGAGCUCCAGAGGGUCAUGUGGACCACUAAUGCAGGCUUGACUGAGUCGCAUGCCUGGGAUUCUCGCCCACCUUCCUGGCCCACCUUGCUCCGCGGUAUCAACUUCUGGGGUAAAGACCAUCGUCAAGUAUAUCUACUCGGAAACCCCCUGAUUUGGUGGUCAUCGACUGCUGCGAUCGCUGUUUAUGUUGCUUUCAAGGGUAUUGCAGUUCUUCGCUGGCAACGAAGUUAUGGUGAUUACAAAAACGUCAAUUUCAAGCGCUUCGACUACGAAGUCGGCACUACAGUCCUUGGCUGGGCUUUCCAUUAUUUCCCCUUUUUCCUUAUGGCCCGUCAACUAUUUUUGCACCACUACCUCCCCGCCCUUUACUUUGCCAUCAUGGCUUUGUCUCAAAUUUGCGACUUCGUCUUGAAUCGUAUUAAGCUGCCUAUCCUUGGUAAACGACCUGUGGUCGGUAGCGGGUUUAUCGCUGCGUUCCUUGCUCUGAGCAUCUCUGUUUUUGUCGUCUACUCUCCUUUGGUCUACGCAAAUCCUUGGACAAGAGACGCUUGUAACAGCGUGAAAUUGUUAAGUUCAUGGGACUUUGAUUGUCCCAUCUUCCAUACUGACUUGAGCCAGUACACAACAGCAUACACGAAUCCCAAUGAGCCAGUGAGGUCACAGCCUCCUGUUUCUCCUAUCCAAAACAACCACCAGCAGCAGCAGCACAAACCGCAGAAGCAAAAGCCAAUUGGUGACAAACCAGAAAACCAAGCCCAAUUCGUCAUCUCCGACCCGCCACCGCCAGAGUCGACAUUUAUUGGUCGUGAGCAGCGUGUUGAAUACCGCGAUGAAUACGGCAAUGUUCUGAAUCCCGAACUCGUAUCCAUGCUAUCGAAAGAAGGCAAGGUCUCAUUACAAACAAGAUACCAGACCCAAACCCGCGUCAUCGAUGCAGAUGGUAACGAAAUCAUCAAGAAUGUUCAUGUUGAUGAACACGCUCCCCCUCACCCUGAUGUUGAGGGUCAAAAUCCAGAGACCAAUCGAAAGGGCAACAAUGGCGAGGAAAGCGUUGCUCGUAACCAGCCAGCAUCAGCUGCAGGUUCGGCAAAGUCGGAUUACGAUGAAAAGGAAGCCAGCGCGGCCAAGCCAGCAAGUGAGAACCAGGGAGCAACAAAAUAA